CGGCGGCCCGGGGGUGUCCGCUUGCGAAGGGUCGGGGCAGUGACCGCGCUGAGGGGACGGAGGUGCGUGAGGAGCAUCCCCGGUCCCACCGCCCGGCAGCGCUGCGGCUGUGAGGGAGCGGUGUCCCAGCCGAGGGGUUGGUCCGACCCCGGGGGUGCAGCGCUGAGCCGGCUUCGUCAGUUGGACGGUUCUGUCUGGGAUAGGGCCGCGUGCGGGGAAAAGGAAUGGGAUAGCUGUCCUUCAGAAGUUUAUUAGGAUAGACUCAAGUACUUGAUCGUUCCAUCAUAACCUCCUCUUUCUGCUCGGCCUAGCGGGACUGGUUAAGGCCGGGAGAUGUCGACCCCCCCUCUGGCUGGGGCGGGGAUGCCGCCGGGCGCUUUCUCGGGGACUCAGUCUCAGGCGGCCAGGGAGGUGAACACGGCUUCCCUCUGCCGCAUCGGCCAGGAGACCGUGCAGGACAUUGUGUUCCGAACCAUGGAGAUCUUCCAGUUACUGAGGAACAUGCAGUUACCAAAUGGUGUUACUUAUCAUACUGCAACAUAUCAAGACAGAUUGGGAAAGCUGCAGGAACAUCUCCGUCAGUUAUCAAUACUCUUCAGAAAACUGAGAUUAGUCUAUGACAAGUGCAAUGAAAACUGUGCUGGGCUCGAUCCUGUUCCCAUAGAACAACUUAUUCCGUAUGUUGAAGAAGAUGGCUCUAAGCAUGAUGAUCGUGGUGCUGCAAGUCAGCUUCGUUUUGCUAGUGAAGAGAGAAGGGAAAUUAUGGAAGUAAAUAAGAAACUGAAACAGAAGAAUCAGCAGCUGAAGCAGAUCAUGGAUCAGUUACGGAAUCUUAUUUGGGACAUAAAUGCCAUGUUGGCAAUGAGGAAUUGAACAAGGAAAAUCAAACUUUGUAUUUGAAGAAGAUAACAAAUCUCAUUGGAUAUGCUUAACUUCCUUGUAAGAAGAAACAUAUUUUCCUACAAUCAUAUUGCAGUAAUGUUUGAAAAGUCUUCAAGAUUAAAAUGUUGGGUUUUUUCUAAUAACUUAAAUGGUGUUGGGUUUGUUUUUAUAGAAGAUUCAUCCUACAGGUUUUACCUGAGUGUUUCCCUUAGGCUGUAUAGCAUCAGUAACCUACAGUAAUAAUUUGGAUUGCUAUGCAAAUGAGGAGGUU